CUUUGUGAGCGCCAAACACAAACCGCCAUUUUGUUUCGACUAGUCUGAGCCGACAGAAUAUCUCAGGACUCAAAUAUUCGCACGUACAAGCGCCGUGUCUUCGAUUAGAAGCCACAUAAUGGAUGAUAAUAUAUUGAGGAAACUGCUGGGUAGAUUUAAGUUUCCAGAUCUGCGGCAGGCUCUCGAAGAGUGGAAUUGUGUGGCACUGGAUGAAGAGUUGUUUGUGGGAGGGGGGCAGAAGAAAGCUGUGGUAGAUCGACUAGUCAGAGCUUGUCAGCUUCAGGGAGAAGAGAUAGGACUGGAAGAGCUUGGAACACUGGACCUUGUGUAUAACAAGAUGUAUUCCAGGAGUAGAAUAUGGAGUGCAUACCAUUUCACUGGUUACAAAAAAAAACUGGAUGACUGUACUGUUUCUGCUGAGGUAUUUCAAAGGGCGCUUGGGAAGCAGUUGUUCUUCUACUUUAGACAUGUCCUGUGUGUGAGACAGUAUAAGGAUGCACUGUGGGUGUGGCUGAUGGUACAGGAUAAGAGCAGUACUGUGUGGACUCCCAGUAACAUUGUACACAUGGUGUACUACCCUGCCUCUCCAUACAUCUUCACUUCAACCAUGAAAGCUGAGUAUAAGGAAUACAUCCUACAGGCUUUACUGCUGACCAUAGGAUACAGUAAGGCCCAGUUUAUGGACCUGUCAGGGAGGGAUGUUGAAUCCGUGGCAGAGUUGGCAAAACGCAGACACAACCAACAACAUGUCAGUCCUGAGUCUCAGAGGAGCAGAAAGAGGAGGAAGCAAGAUGAGGAGUCUGAGAAUGAAGAUGUCAUACAGGAGGAUGCUGAAGACAGACAGUGGAGGGAAGACUACACAAGGGAGACAUUUGGGGAUGAGCCACAGCCCACACUGGAGAAUGUAGUGUACAAGUUGCAUGCAAGCUUCAAACAUGGAGGGGUAGCACCGAGCAUGGACGACCAGCCUUUCCAGAUGACUGUCAAAUUCUCAGGCAGGAAUGUGUUAGAAGGUAUGAAGGCCAUGGGUCCAGCUGGGAUAGCUGAACCACCGCUUCCUUCAUAUCUGGAGUCAAUUCCAAAUAUUGGCAAGAAUUUCAUCCUUCUGGCAGAGAAGAGGAAACCAGGUGAUGGUGAUGGAAAGGAAUGAUAUUACCAGGACACUAGCAUUUGUAGAUUAAUUAGUUCAUUGAUAUUA